GGCGCACCAGAACAGUAAACAAUACACGAUUCCCCAUUGCCUUUGUACAUUACACAUCAGUAAAUGGCUUCACAUCCACACACGGAUGCCCUGCGCUGGACAUGCACCAUGAGGGACAUGAAUUCAUCUGUUCUCCUCAGCUCUUAGUGCUUCUUCGUAUCUUUGCCUCAGACAAUUUAUGCCGUCUGAACUCAGACUUCAAAUAUGCAUCUCUGUAUGAGUCACAUCUGCAUCUGGACUAUUGUGUCGUGUGCCAUCACUUAGAAGGUGCAUUCCUACUUUGGAUAGUUGAGAGAUAUUCUGUGGGAAAACACACAGUGUUAGGAAAGGAACUGUGUACCGUGACCAGAUGAGUGUUCACAAUGGAAUGGAAUGUCCCUGAUAUUUUGGUGUUUAAAACAGGAACAUGGUGUCUGGAUAGAAAAACCCAAAAGAAGAAAAAUAUAAACUCUCAAUUUCAAAAUUCAAUAUCAAGUGCUCUAAAUAAAUCCUCACAAAACAAGACAUACUGCAUAGUGGUGUGUAAUAUGAUAUAAAGCAAGAUGAUGAUUAAGAAUUAAGUGAAAUAAGAAUAAUGUGAAUAUCAAGAAAACAUUUCAAUGACUACAUUGCAGCAACAAUAGACUAGCAAGAAUUCAGUGAUAUUUUCAAUGCGGCUAUUCAAAGCAAACAUUGCGAAUGGAGUUCCAGUGACACCAGUGCUCUCAGUGUUUCCCACCAACCGUGAGAAAUGUGAAUGUGAAGAAUAAUUUCAGAGCAUCCAGCAUCAUCCCCACUGGACGACCAACAUCGGAUCUGACUUCUUGACCGCUGCCCGUACGCCUCUGUGAGCCAGUCGGACUUCUCUGGUCUGGUCUGAUUAUGAGCAGAGGCAUUUGUAUUGUGGCCCCACUCGUGAAAAUGUCCGAUCAGGUUUCUGGGAAACAAGACUGUGGCCAGUGCUACCAGGUCGAUAUCAGCAUUGUGGUGGCCCUCAUUUCCUGUGACAUCCUCCUGACAGUCCUGAUCGCCCUCUCUGUGUACUGCUGCGUGUCUCGUCAGAGGAGAAGAACUGGUCUGCAUCCACAGCCAAGUGAUGCAGGUAAAGGUAAACAGCUCACUUCCUCAAAAAAGACCAAAAAGCCCGAAGUCACUGAGUCGCCAUACCAGGAGCUGUAUGGGGUCCAGUCAGACGUUUACAAUGAUCUGAGACAGUAUCGGAAAUGAGUCUUCUUCAGUGCAAUCCUGAAAACGUUCUGGAAGGUUGUUUAUUCUUUACUAUUUUUUUCCACGACGAGAUGGCAUGCCCUGAAUGUUUAAUGUGGCACCUUUCAUGUAAAUAGUAUUUAUUUGUUGACUUGAAGUGGAGCAGGGCCUGCUAUCAGCCCCUUGUCACUUUUAACUCAUUAAUAACCAGCCUCCACUUUCUUAGCUUGGAGGGCUAUACAGAGCACUAAACAGUCUGCAGAAAGCUAUUUCAGCAGAGCUAAUUAAAAUGGUCACUUGCUUGCCUAAUGUAGUCUUUUGUACAGUUUGUAUACACUUUGUAUUUGUACAAUAAACUAUGAAUACUUGUUUGAGAUAAUGUUAUGUAGUCCAAGUGAUAGCAUAUCUUUUGUUAAU